ACUCUACUACACCUGGACUUGAAACAUCAUUUUCCGUGCAAACCAUCCCAGGAGUCUCCGCGAUCAAUCUUCCGGCCAAGGAAACUUGCGCCGAGUAACUUGAACUCUCUCCUCUGUGCGAGGCGACGGGGAAGCGUGCGGAGUUGUCAAGAUGCCGAAGAAAGCUAUUGACUCCCGUAUACCGGCAUUGAUUCGAAAUGGCGCACAGGAGAAGAAACGAAGCUUCUUCGUAGUCGUCGGCGACCGCCAGAAAGACGUUAUUGUCAACCUCUACCAUAUUCUUCUAAAUGUCGACGUCAAGCUCAAUAAAUCGGUGCUAUGGGCAUACAAGAAUAAGCUGUUGGGGUUCUCAAGUCACCGAAAGAAGCGCGAAAAGAAGAUCAAGAACGAGAUCAAACGCGGUAUACGCGAUGUUGAUACCGAAGACCCCUUCGAACUAUUCGUCUCGACACAGAACAUUCGAUAUGUCUAUUACAAGGAAACAGACAAAAUUCUCGGCAACACAUACGGCAUGUGUAUCUUGCAGGACUUCGAAGCGCUUACGCCAAAUCUACUCGCGCGAACGAUAGAGACGGUGGAAGGUGGAGGCUUGGUCAUACUGCUCCUAAAGGGCAUGAGCAGUUUGAAGCAGCUGUACACUUUGUCCAUGGACAUUCACUCAAGAUACCGGACUGAGGCGCAUAGCGAUGUGGUAGCCCGGUUCAACGAACGAUUCAUAUUAUCCUUGGGGAAAUGCGACAGUUGCUUGGUCGUGGACGACGAGCUGAACGUACUGCCCAUCUCAGGCGGAAAACAUGUCAAGCAACUACCACCUCCGGACCCUGAAAUGGAGGGCAAGACUCCGAAGGGGAAAGAGCUGGCUGAGAUCAAGGACUCGCUGGCCGACUCGCCCCCUGUUGGUGAUCUGAUCAAGCUCGCGAAGACGGUGGACCAAGCCAAGGCCUUGCUCACGUUUGUGGACGCGAUAGUGGAAAAGACACUACAGAGUACGGUGACUCUAACAGCAGCUCGCGGUCGUGGAAAAUCAGCAGCGCUAGGUGUUGCGGUGGCAGCAGCAGUCGCACAUGGCUACAGCAACAUCUACAUCACCUCACCCAGUCCAGAGAACUUGAAGACUCUAUUCGAGUUUAUUCUGAAAGGGUUCGAUGCGCUAGGCUACGUAGAUCAUCAGGACUACAGCAUCAUGCAAUCGACGCAGCCCGACUUGAACAAGGCCAUCGUGCGUAUUAACCUACAUCGACAGCACCGACAGGUGAUUCAGUAUAUCAAACCAGAAGAUUCGCAUCAAUUGGGACAGGCAGAACUUUUAGUCAUCGAUGAAGCUGCAGCUAUACCACUACCACUAGUGCGCAAGUUGAUGGGACCAUACCUGGUGUUUAUGGCUUCGACAAUCAACGGAUAUGAGGGAACUGGACGGUCACUGUCCCUGAAACUCAUACAGCAGCUCCGUGAGCAGUCUCGAGGCCGAGGGACUAACGGCUCCACGCAUGUAGUAGAUCGCUCGACCGGGAAAGAGACGAGAGACGGCACAGAAACCACCAUGGCUGGUCGCUCACUCCGCGAAAUCACCCUCUCUGAACCUAUUCGAUACGCUCAAGGCGACUCCGUUGAGCGAUGGCUCAACGACGUCCUUUGCCUCGAUGCUACUCUACCUCGGUCCAAAAUGAAUACACAAGGAUGUCCACAUCCGUCCGAAUGUCAGCUUCUACACGUCAACCGCGAUACCCUCUUCUCCUACAACCCGGCUGCCGAGAAGUUCCUGCAGAAGAUGAUGGCAUUAUACGUCGCCAGCCACUACAAAAAUACACCAAACGACCUCCAACUCAUGUCUGAUGCUCCAGCCCACCAGCUCUUCGUUCUCACGGCACCUGCUGAGGAGAAUAAACUUCCCGAACCCCUCUGUGUCAUUCAAGUGGCGCUCGAAGGUCAGAUCAGUAGGGAAAGCGUACUAAACAGUCUGAGCCGUGGACAGCGUGCAGGAGGUGAUCUGAUACCCUGGAUCGUUUCCCAACAAUUCCAGGACGAAAAUUUUGCAAGUCUAUCUGGUGCACGUGUUGUACGGAUAGCAACAAACCCAGACUACGUUAAGAUGGGCUACGGUUCCCGAGCGCUUGAGCUCCUUGUUGAGUUCUACAAUGGCAAGCUCGCAAGUCUGUCAGAGUCUGAGCCACAAGAGGUCGAGGAAAUGCGAAGAGUAACAGAAGCAGACUUGGAGAACUCAUCCCUUCUGCAGGACAAUGUGAGGGUUAGGGAGGCGAACGAGAUGCCACCGCUCUUCGCUAGAUUACCCGAGCUGAAAGCUCCACAGCUCGACUAUGUUGGUGUCUCGUAUGGCCUUACCUCGCAAUUACACAAGUUCUGGAAACGCGCCUCCUUUAUUCCGGUCUAUCUCCGUCAAACGCCCAACGACCUCACCGGCGAGCACACUUGCAUUAUGCUCCGCUCGCUAGAGACGACUUCAUCAGACGGCAGCUGGGUUGCUGCAUUCGCAAAGGAUUUCCAGAAACGCUUUCUCUCACUUCUCUCCUACCAGUUCCGAUCAUUCCCCUCAGUAACCUCACUCUCAAUUGAAGAGUCCGCAUCAGCAGGUUCGAAGCUAGAUGCCGAUCUUGCACCAAGCCGGAUAAGUAAAGAAGAGCUCGAUGCUCUUUUUACGCCAUUUGAUCUUAAGCGUCUGGACUCCUACGCAAACAAUAUGCUCGACUACCAUGUCAUUCUCGACAUGCUCCCUCCAAUUGCACAGCUGUACUUCACCGGCCGCCUCAAGGGACAGGUCAAACUCUCUGGUGUUCAAACGGCGCUCCUCUUAGCCAUCGGUCUUCAACGCAAGGAGUUCUCGGACGUUGAGAAAGAGCUAGGUCUCAACUCCAGCCAGCUGAUGGCCAUGUUUGUCAAGAUUGUCCGUAAAGCUGCAACCGCGUUUCGCAGUAUCGUGGAGGGUGCAGUCGAGGAGACGAUGCCGGAGGCGAUACAAGUUGAGGAGAAUGGCGAUGCUGGUGAUGCGGAGGAGGAUAUCCAGCAGCGGUUCAAGCCUCUUGAGAAGAAUCUUGAAGAGGAGUUGAAAGAGGGUGGUGAUGAAGUCCUCGCAGAGGAGCGUGAGAGGGCAAGAAGUUUGAUUGAUGCCCUGCCUCUACACAGAUAUGAAAUCGGAGCCGGCGCUGCGGACUGGGAAGACGCGGAACGUGCUAUCAACAAAGCAUCCACAAAAGGCGGAUUGAGCAGUAUGACUGUUGCCGUCAAGACGGGCGAGAAGAAGAGAAAGGUUGGCGAGGCAGUAGAGGAAGCAUACAAAGAAGCCGAAAAGUUCAAGGAGGGUAGCAAGAAGAAGAAGCACAAGUCUAGCAAGAGAGGCUGAUCGAUCGAAUCGCCACUAUGCAUACGUUGGCGUAACCAGGCGUUUGAUAUCCGGAAAGUAAAAGUGGAAAUGGCUCUUCGGCAUAAUGUUCGUAACCUGAAUGUAUAUUGUAAAAUUGUGAACUCUUUUUCUCUCAUCAGACUCUCGUUGUGAUAAUGUUGGUCUCAACAGAUUGUUUCAAAUAGCAUACCCUAACGCAUUCACCACCAACACGAAGUGGAGGAGCUGUAACAACGCAGAAGAGCAUGCGGAGACAUGCGUAUGGUAUAAUGUAGGAAAGUAGAGAUUGCAUAUUGAUAUUCGAACUCCAACCUGGAGCUUUGUUGUGCAUUAUAUCAUCGCUGCGAGUGUGAGUGCCAAGGGGUAUGAAAUAUUUUAAUCAAUGUU